CAACUUGAUUUGUUGUUGUAAAAGCACUGAAGAAGAUGCCGCAACAAGAGCUUCCAAAGUUUCCCACCGGAUCGACGGUACCCUUUCCCUAUGAAUCUCCUUAUCCUCAGCAGACAGCUUUGAUGGACACGCUGCUCGAGUGUUUGCAGCAAAAGGAUCACGAUGAUUCAACAUGGCGCCAAACCAAUGACAGCCAUAGCAAGAACAAGAAGAAACCCCGUGCGGCCGUGAUGAUGUUGGAGUCUCCUACCGGCACUGGCAAGUCUCUAUCUUUGGCGUGUAGUGCCAUGGCGUGGCUCAAGUACUGCGAACAACGAGAUUUGACUGCAGAAGAAGAAUCUAGUAGUAAAGAAAAUGACAAGAAAACCAAUGACGCUAAUACUACCAGCAAUGCUACCGAUUGGUGGAAUGCAUGGGUCCCUCCUGAUCAAAAACAAACGGAACAAGAAUGGAGCAUCACACGACAAACCGCACAAGAGUCACGAGCAGCGCUCCAGGAGGAACUGGAGUUGUGGAGAAGCAAACUACAAAAGAAGAAUAGCGAAGACAAUAUUAACAAUGAUACAUCCGAGCGCGUCAAGCAGAGACGAGAGUACUUGGCAAGAUCUGCCAUCCACACCGCCAAAAUGGCGGAAAAUUCAGGACCCAAACGUCGUGUCAAGCGCAAAAAAGAAACCAACAAGCCAGACGACUUCUGUGCCACCGAUAUGAGUGACGACAGUGACAUUGAAGCUGACAAGAAUCCUCACCGGCAGCCACGCAAUACAACUACAAGCACAGGCCUUCGCGCUGCUUCAGUGUUACUGGAUGGGAAUCGUCUAGACGGGAGCCAUCGCAACCACCAAAUCAUCAAAAGUAGCGAUGAUCCUCCCAAGACUAUCUCUCACGUGGCAGCUGGGAGUGGCGUCCGAAAGAUCAUUUACGCCGCCAGGACUCAUUCACAGCUCUCGCAAUUUGUAGGAGAAUUGAAGCGAACGACAUGGGGAGAAACCACCCGUGUCGUGGCAUUGGGUGGCCGGCAACUCUUGUGUGGGAACACCGCCUUGAAAAAGAAACACCCCACCGGUGAAGCGAAUUUGACAGAGGCCUGUCUCGAUUUGAAAAAGGAGAGCAGUGGCAAAACCAAACGAACAAAGGGAUGUCCCUUGCUCGAGUCGAAAGAAGCCGUAGCCACCUUGGGGAUGCAUCUGCUUACCACGCCUACCGAUAUUGAAGAUGCCGCUCGGAUGGGGAAAGCCAGUCAUACGUGCGCCUAUUACGCUUCUCGGAAAGCACUCGCGGCAGCCGAAGUAGUUGUCUUGCCCUACAGCAUGCUCCUGUCGAGGUCGACUCGACAGUCUGUGGGCUUGGACUUGCAUGAAUCCUUGGUAAUCGUCGAUGAAGCUCACAACUUGCCAGAGCAAAUUCGGGAGUUGCAUUCGGAAACACUGACAUUACACGUCGUUCAAGCAGCCAUGCAACAACUUACAAGAUACAUGGAAAAGUAUUUGGACCGGUUCAAGGGAGAGAGUAUCAUGAUACUGGGCAAUCUGCGCAAACUCUUGAAGGCCUUUUCAGAUCACUUGACGGGAAACACUUUGGCGGAACGAAAGAGAAAGGCGCGCGAAAAGAAAAACAGGUCCAAGAGCAACAAGAAGGAGAAGGAAUCCACGUCGAAAGAUCAAACAGAUAGUUCCUCCUCCACCAAGAAACGAACGCUGCAAUCGACCAACGAAUUCAUGCUGGAACUACGAAUGAGCCACAUCAAUACCUUCCAGCUUCAACGCUACCUCGAAGAAUCCCGCUUGGCGCAGAAACUCCUGGGGUUUACUCAGGCCAACGAAAGCAAAGAAGGCGACUCCGGAGAGCAAUCUACGGAAGCAGGAUUGUCCAAGCAUGUCUCGGCCAUGUCCUUUGUGCAGAAGUUCUUGGAAAAGCUCAAUCUGUCGGGUCGAGAGGGCAAGGUAGUCACGGAAUGGCCGGCAAAGUCAGACUCCAGCAGCAAAGCCCCGACUAUUCGCUUUGUCUUGCUGCAACCAGCAUCGUGCUUUGACAACGUCGUGGAAGAAGCUCAUGCACUUGCUCUGGUUGGAGGAACGUUGUCACCGUUUGGGCAUGUCGCAGCCGAGCUGCUGGCCUCCGAUGAACAGCAAAACGAGCCUGCAACGGGGGCAUCUCUGCUCCAACUGUCCAUUCAGGCCGAUCGCAAAUUCCAACAGCAAUCCAAGAGCAGCGAAAGCAGCUUGUCUAUGGUGUCGUCGCGAUUCGCAGCUUUUACCUGUGACCAUGUGAUUGACAAGAGCCGCGUCUUUUUCAAGUGCCUGUCGAUGGGACCCAACCGCCAAAAGUUUGACUUUCGUCAUCAGUCUCGCAUGGCGUCGGAUCUGUGUCAGGAUCUGGGCCGAGCUUUACUGCAGCUUUGUCAAGCGGUUCCAAACGGUCUUGUUGUCUUUCUACCAAGCUACAGCUAUGAGGCACACUUGGUGCAACAGUGGCAUCAAUCGGGACUGUACGACAAGCUGAAUCAGAGAAAGACGCUUUUCCGUGAACCAAAGAGGGCUCAGCAGUUGGAUUCUACACUCCAACAGUAUGCCAAGCAUGCCGCGGUUGGCGAAAAGGAUGGUCGCAACGGAGCCCUGUUGCUUUCCGUGAUAGGCGGCAAGAUGUCGGAGGGCAUCAAUCUGUCCAACAACCUUGCUCGAGGAGUCGUGGUGGUGGGGCUACCAUAUCCCGAUUGCACCGAUCCCAUCUUGCGGGAGAAGAUGGCGAACAUCGACCAGUGCGGUGUGGGCGGCAUCUCGGGACAGGCAUACUACCAGAACUUGUGCAUGCGAGCUGUGAACCAAAGUGUUGGCCGUGCCAUUCGGCACGCCAAUGACUAUGCAGCGGUCUUCUUGUGCGACUAUCGGUACGCGGCUCAGCAAAACGUAUGGUCUGCUUUGCCCAAGUGGCUACGCAAUUCCCCUUCCUCUCCUCGAAGCACCGGUCAAAGUUUCGGGUCGUUGACAAAUGAACUCGAGGAAUUCUUCAGCCGAAUGAAAGGUCCCAAUAAUAAUUGAGCAGACAGUCGUCGUACGUAGCUAUGAAAGAGAUUUGUAAUCUAGAAAAUGGCGCAAAGACUUCUA